UAUAUCUAAAAUGUACCUGUCAUGUUUUCUUUCCUUCAGAGAUCGUUGAAAGGAUUCCUUUUUGCUAAGCUGUAUUUUGAGAUAAAAGAAUAUGAACUUGCUAAAAGAUAUAUUUCUACUUAUCUCAGUGUCCAAGAGAGAGAUCCCAAAGCUCACAGGUUUCUGGGACAGAUUUAUGAAGCUCAGGAUAACAUAGAAAAAGCUUUUGGGUGUUACAAGCGUUCUGUGGAGCUGAAUCCAAUGCAGAAAGAUCUUGUACUGAAGAUUGCAGAGUUACUAUGCAGUAACGACAUCACUGAUGGAAGAGCCAAGUACUGGGUUGAGAAAGCUGCCAGGCUCUUCCCUGGGAAUCCUGCUGCUUACAGAUUGAAGGAGCAGUUACUGGAGCAUAAAGGUGAAGAUGGAUGGAAUCAGCUCUUUGAUAUGAUUCAAACAGAACUCUAUGCGAGACCAGAUGAUAUCUACCUUAACAUCAGACUGGUUGCUCUCUACCGUUCAAAUAAUAGGUUAAGAGAUGCUGUGCUUCAUUGUCAGGAGGCAGAAAAGAAAAUACCUGUAGACUCAAGCUUGGAAUGGUGUUCGUGUGUCAUAAAGACAUUUGAGGAAUACCUCGAAUCAGUACGAGACUUGGAGUCUGAUAAAAAUAAUUGGAGAGCUAUCAAGAAAGAUCAUCUGCUGGCCUAUUCUAGCUUCGUUAAAAUGACACUUGCUUCUAGAGAUGUUCGAGAAAGCAGAGAGGCACUUGAAAGUUUUGAUCGUGUGCUUCACUCUGUGAAACCGUAUGUGAAUGGACCCGAUGAGCUGUCUCGUACCUUCCUUGAAAUGAAAGGACACUUCUACAUGCAUGCUGGAACUUUCCUGCUGAAAAUGGCCCAGAACAAUGAGGCACAAUGGAGAGAUGCAUGUGAACUCGCAGCGUUGUGUUAUUUGAAAAGUUUCUAUAUACCUAAACCAAAGUCAAAACUAAUAAAAGGAGAUCCUACUGGGCAAGAUACGCUGGAAAUGUUGGCCUGUGACCGAAAAAGCCAGUCUGGUCAUAUGUUGCUGAACUUAAGCCAUGGCAAGGAAGACUUUUUGAAAGAGAUUGUGGAAUCUUUUGCAAACAAAAGUGGUUUAUUUACAUUGUUUGAAAGCCUCUUUGGGAGUGGAGCUUCUAGAGAGAGAUCUUUCCUUGGCACAGAUGAUAUGGGAAAUGUCAGUACACAAGCACCAGUGCAAGGAGAACUGAGUAAAUACGAUAUUGGUGCUGUUCGAAUGCACAGUGGUAGUCUCCAGCACCUUGUUUGGCUUGGCUUGCAGUGGAAUUCUAUGUCAGUGUUAUUCCCACUGCGGAAAUUAUUAAAACAGCUUUUUCACUUGCCACAAGAAACAUCAAGACUUGAAACAGAUGCUCCUGAAUCCAUUUGCUUGCUGGACCUUGAAGUUUUUUUACUCGGGAUGGUGUUCACUAGCAACUUACAAUUGCAAGAGAAGUUUAAUACUCACUAUGGCACACAUCAGCCUCCUUUCUUACCAUUGCUGCUGUGCAAACAGUACUGUACUGAGAAGCAAAGAUCCUGGUGGGAUGCGGUUCGUACACUUAUGCAGAAAAAAACAACGCCAGACUCAGCAACAAAACUGAAGCUUCUUGUACAGCAUGGAUUAAGUACUCUGCGAGCCCUGGAGAAACACGGCCUUCAGCCUGCCUUAAUUAUCCACUGGGCAAGAAGCCUGCAAAAAACAGGCACUAGCCUUAACUCCUUCUACGACCAGAAAGAAUAUAUUGGAAGAAGUGUCUAUUACUGGAAGAAAACUUUGCUUGUUUUGAAAACUAUCAAAAAGCACAAAAGUGUUCCUGAGCCUACUGAUCCUCUCUUCAAACAUUUCCAUAGUGUGGACAUUCAGGUUUUUCAGGUUGCAGCCUAUGAAGAAGAGGCACAUAUAGCAUUUGCAAUGUUGGAUGCGGUUGAAGGCAAAACUGAUGAUGCUUUAUUAGCAUUUGAAGCUAUUAAGAACGUGGUUUCAUACUGGAAUCUUGCCCUACUUUGCCAAAGAAAGGCAGAGGAGAUUGAGAGUGACGAUAUGUUGCCAGAAGAACAAGAAGAACACAAAACCUAUCUUCUUAAAAGAAAGCAUUAUCUGAUGAAGAUCAUCGAUGAAAGCUCCUCUGAUCCAUCAGUAGCUGACAAACUGCCAGUAUCUAUUGAAACCGUAACGGAAAUGCUGAAUGCAGUGAUCCAGGAGCUUGGAGAGAAUGAUGAAGAGGAAAGUUUCGCAUCCGGAAAUAUCUCACAAGCUGCAAAUCUGGAAGUAAAACAUUCAAUUCCAUCACCUAAGAAGUUAUCUUUCUCACCAACUAAUACCUACAAGUUUUCUCCUAAAACUCUCCCUCAGUGGGCAGAAGAUCACAAGUCCUUACUUCAAAUGCUGUGUCAGCAAGUGGAAGCUUUAAAGAAUGAAAUGCAAGAAAUGAAACUUAACAGUUCCAAUGUAAGUGUAUCAUCUCAUCGAUGGCCUGCUGAAAGCUAUGGAACUGAUACUAUGUCAGAUGGUUAUCAGAGAGCACAAAAUCUUCAUGAAGCUCCUUUAACGGUUGCUACCACUGGCCCAUCUGUUUACUAUAGCCAGUCACCUGCUUAUAACUCACAGUAUCUUUUAAGAACUGCUGCAACCAAUGUAACACCAACAAAGGCACCUGUCUACGGCAUGAACAGACUUGCACCUCAGCAACACAUAUACGCUUAUCAACAGCCAAUCCACACGCCACCUCUGCAAAACACUUGUGCUGGUGUGUUUCCUCAAGACAUCUAUGCUACACCUUUGCGUUUUGAUGCUCCUGCUGCUGGAAUUAUUUCACCUCGUGGAGGUGAUGAUUACUACAACUACGGUGUUCCACAGGCGAGCACAAAUCCACCACUACCUGAACCGGGCUAUUUCACAAAACCUUCGGUUGCACCCACAACUUUAAAACCUGCAGAAUCCAAAGUGGUAGAGUUUUCAAAAGCUAAAUUUGGGCAGCCGGGAGCAGCUGAAGGGUCAAAGCCACCUCAGCCAACAACCUUUAAAUUCAACACUAACUUCAAAUCUAAUGAUGGGGACUUUACCUUUUCUUCUCCUUUAGCUGCCACACAGCCUGCUAACGGAGCUUUUAAUAGCAGUGAACGCCUUUUGAAGCUUUUAACAUCAGACAAACCCUUACAAGAUGAGAGGUGCAUUGAACAAAAAGGAGUUAACAGUCAUGCAAAUGGCCAAAGAAAUGUCUUCAGUUUCAGUAAUAAACAUACUUCAGGUGUCUCUUUUACAGAAAGCGUGGGACAAAAUGCACAUAAAAACCUGGCUUUUGAAAAGAGUGAUAUGUUUAACUUCCAAGAACCAAGCAAACAGUUAUUUAUGACUUCAAAUUCUGAUUUGGCCAAUAGAAGUCAUGAAACAGAGGGAGGAAGCACCCAUGGUGGAGAUGAGGAUGAUGAUGGACCUCAUUUUGACCCUGUGGUGCCACUCCCUGACAAGAUUGAAGUAAAGACAGGCGAGGAAGAUGAAGAAGAGUUCUUCUGCAACAGAGCUAAACUUUUCCGGUUUGAUGCAGAAACUAAAGAAUGGAAAGAAAGGGGUAUUGGAAAUGUGAAAAUACUGAAACACAAAGUAUCUGGCAAAUUCCGUCUCUUAAUGAGAAGGGACCAAGUACUAAAAAUCUGUGCAAAUCACUACAUAAAUACUGAUAUGAAAUUAACUCCAAAUGCUGGAUCAGAUAGGUCGUUUGUAUGGCAUGCUUUAGAUUAUGCAGAUGAGCUGCCAAAGCCAGAACAGCUUGCAAUUCGAUUUAAAACACCAGAGGAAGCAGUGCUUUUUAAAAGUAAGUUUGAGGAGUGUCAGAAUAUGUUAAAAACUUCAGGAUCAAGUGCUGAUGCAUCCUUGACUCAGAGCACUGGAACUGUUAAAGAGGCAACAAAUCAAGAUACCAAGGAGUCUUGCGGGUCAACAUUAGGGAUCUUGAACUCCGUAUUUCGGUUCUCAAAAGAUAGUGUGACCAGUGAAUCUGAUAGCAAAGGCAGUUUUACAUCAACGUCAACUGCCCCUACGACUUUUUCAUUUGGAAAGGAAGCCAUACAAACCUAUUCCUCUGGCGGAUUUGGACAGUCUUCCUUGAAGAAGAAUCAGUGGGAGUGUAAAGUAUGUUUAGUUCCGAAUGAAGCAACUGCUAAGAAGUGUGUCUCAUGCCAAAGCCCAAAUCCAGAUGUGUGGGACACACAUGGCAUCCCGGUAAGUGAAUCUGCUGCAAGUUUGAAAGCCGGUGGUAGUGCCACACAAGACAAAUUAGGAUCUGCCUUUGCUAAAAAGGAAGGUCAGUGGGACUGUAGUAUCUGUUCAGUAAGAAAUGAACCCACUGCCACAAAAUGUGUUGCCUGCCAGAAUCCAAAUAAAACUAACCCAGAAGUAUCUCCUCAACAAUUUUCCUUUAAACUUGAACGACUAGAUGCUCCAAAGACCACGCAGAAUGACUUGGGGACUGCUUUUUCACUGAAAGGUCAGUGGAACUGCUCCAUAUGCCUCACCCAGAAUGAAGCAAAUGACGAAAACUGUCGUUCUUGUCAGAAUCCUAACACUCAAGGUCAACCACAUGUGCCAGUAUCUGCUGUUCAGGCACUUCCUGCUCCCAGCUUUACUUCUGCUACUGACGCAAGUAAACCACAGAAAAAUACAUUUGCAGAGCUUUUUGCUAAAAAGGAAGGACAGUGGGAUUGUAAUACUUGUUUUGUAAGGAAUGAAGGUUCCUCACCAGCUUGUGUAGCUUGCCAAACACCAAAUCCAUCUAGUAAGCCUACCAGUGAUGUUUCAUUGUUGACUUCUGAUUUGAAAAAUAAAUCAUCUGAACCUGUUGGAGGACAACUGGGAACAGGUUUUAAGUGUGAAUUCUUAGGAAAAAGCUUUAAGUUUGGUCAUGCUGAUCAAGGGAAAACACCAGCAUUUACAUUUCAGAAUCUUGGAGACGCUGAAGCAAAACCUGCAAAGGAAGGAUUUAACUUUUCAAUGUUGAUGCCUCCAGGUGGAUUUAAAUUUGGCAUACAGGAAUCCAGUAAAAAUACCGGUAAGAAAGAUGAUCCACCCAAAGAGUGUACAAGAGACUUGAAAAACAUUGAUGAAAAAGACAAAAAUGAACUGCCUUCAAGUAGUGGAGUUACACUCCAAUCUGAGGAAACAGCAGACAAGGACAAGGGUGAAUUUACUUUUGGCCAAAACAGUAGUAGUACUUUUACUUUUGCUGAUCUUGCAAAAAGUACCCCCAGUGAAGGCUUUCAGUUUGGCAAAAAAGAUCCUAACUUUGAAGGCUUCUCAGGUGCAGGUGAACAGCUGUUUUCUUCAAAGGUUUCUCAGACUGGUCCCAAAGCAAGCACCUCUGCUGAUCUUGGUGAGAAGGAUGAUGAUGUGUACAAGACUGAGGACAGCGAUGAUAUCCAUUUUGAACCGAUAGUUCAGAUGCCUGAAAAAGUAGAACCAUUCACAGGAGAGGAGGAUGAGAAAGUGCUGUACUCCCAAAGAGUAAAGCUAUUCAGGUUUGAUCCAGAAACAAGCCAGUGGAAAGAACGUGGGGUGGGCAACCUGAAGAUUCUUAAAAAUGAAGUUAAUGGCAAAGUAAGAAUACUAAUGCGACGUGAGCAGGUACUGAAGGUGUGUGCAAAUCACUGGAUAACAACAACUAUGAACUUGAAACAGCUAUCGGGCUCAGACAAAGCAUGGAUGUGGAUGGCCAGCGACUUCUCUGAUGGCGAUGCAAAGCUGGAACAGCUGGCAGCGAAGUUCAAAACACCAGAGCAGGCUGAGGAGUUCAAACAGAAGUUUGAAGAAUGUCAGAAGCUACUGCUAGAUAUACCACUGCAGACACCCCAUAAACUUGUUGAUACAGGCAGGACAGCUCAGCUUAUACAGAAAGCAGAAGAAAUGAAGACCGGCUUAAAAGAUCUCAAAACGUUUCUGACAGAUGACAAAACUAAACUAGCAGAAGAAGAAAACGUAAACUCUGCUUGUGCCGGUGGUACUUCUGAUUCUGUUACAGAGCCACAUGCUGAAGGUACUGGGCCUGCUGUGGAGUGGAGUAACUGUGAGUUGCGUGAAGAAGCAUUGGUUGACAGUUUAAGUAGCUCUGUAUAUGCAUCGCCUCUUGCAAGUAGCCCUGUAAGGAAAAAUCUGUUUAGAUUUGGAGAGUCUACAGCAGGCUUUAAUUUCAGCUUUAAAUCUGCCUUGAGUCCAUCCAAAUCUCCUGCCAAGCAGAACCAGAGUGGAACAUCUGUGGGCACAGAUGAAGAUUCUGAUCUUACUCAAGAAGAGGAGAGAGAUGGGCAGUACUUCGAACCCGUAGUACCUCUGCCUGACCUUGUGGAAGUGACUAGUGGCGAGGAAAAUGAGCAAGUUGUCUUCAGUCAUAGAGCUAAACUUUAUAGAUACGAUAAAGACACAAAUCAGUGGAAGGAGAGAGGUAUUGGGGACAUCAAGAUACUGCAGAACUAUGACAGCAAACAAGCACGUAUAGUAAUGAGAAGGGAUCAGGUACUAAAACUCUGUGCCAACCACAGAAUAACACCAGAUAUGAAUAUGCAACAGAUGAAAGGAUCUGACAGAGUAUGGGUGUGGACCGCAUGCGAUUUUGCAGACGGGGAAAGGAAAGUAGAGCUGCUAGCAGUGCGGUUCAAACUGCAGGAUGUUGCAGACUCAUUUAAGCAAACUUUUGAUGAAGCAAAGCAAGCCCAAGAGAAAGGCACACUGAUAACACCUCAUGUUUCUCGUACAAGUACAGCAAAAGAAUCUCCUUGUGGUAAGAACGCUGUAGCUGUACUGGAAGAAACUACCAGGGAAAGAACUGACCUCAGCCAUGGUGAUGAUACUUCUGAUCCUGCUGUGGAAGCUUCAGAAGUAUCAAGAGGUACCUCUGAAACGCCAACGAAAACAGUGGUUUCUCCUCCAAAGUUUGUAUUUGGAUCUGAAUCUGUCAAGAGCAUUUUCAGUAACGAAAAGUCAAAGACAUUCACAUUUGGAAAUACUUCAGCCACUGGUUCCCUCUUUGGAUUCAGCUUUAAUCCUCCAAGAAAAAGCACAGAUGAUAUUUCAGCAUCUCAGAAAGCAGAGCAGAAAAAAGUGGGAGUGGCUGAACCACCCAAAAGCUGCAGUGCAUCUCAGAAACCUUCGGACAGCAAGGCAUCCAACGUGGCUCCUUCAGCACAAGAUGGGCCCUCCAACUUCUCGUUUAAAAUUCUGGAAAAAGGAUUUAAUUUUAGCCUUUUUAAAUCUAAUCCAAUGGCCUUUUGGACAAGCACAUCUUCCUUGCAACCUGCUAGUAAAGCUGAGAAGACAGCUGAACCUUCAGACACUCCACCAUCUGAUGAUGUUAUGAUAGUGUACGAGCUCACACCUACCCCAGAGCAGAGAGCUCUCGCAGGCUUUCUUAAGCUACCUUCAACCUUCUUCUGUUACAAGAAUAAGCCUGGAUAUGUGAGUGAAGAGGAUGACGAUGAAGACUAUGAAACAGCAGUUAAGAAACUUAAUGGAAGACUGUAUCCUAGCAAUGAAAAAGAAAAAAGAAAAUGGCAAGUAGGCACCCCAGUCAAACAGGAAUUGGAGAGGGAAUGUGUUACUACUUCUGAAACUAAACUUCCUGAGGAGAAGGCUGAAGAAGAGACUCCACAGGUCACUUCCACAUCUGUCUGUGGCAUUAGUAGUAAUGCGGAAGAUGCCAGUCCAGAAGGCUCUCAGAAAGAAGCUAACACUCAGAAAAAGAAAGAGAAUGAAGUUACAAGCUCAGCAGCUGACAUAGUCUCUACAAGUGAGGAAGAAUUACAUACUCCAUCAACUAGUGAAGCAGCAACGGUAUUUGUGCAGUCAGCUGCUAGCAGUGAAGAAGCAGAUUCCACAGAAGCUGCUCACGUAUCACAGAAUUUACCAGGAGGUGAUGAUAAACCUGUGGACCUGUCAACUAAAAAAGAAAGUGAUUCUGAAUCUUCUGAGUCAACACAAGAACACAAACCCAUCUCAUUUGGCUUUGGUAAUGCUUCAGGCUUGUCGUUUGCGGAUCUGGCUUCCAAGAACUCUGGAGACUUCGCUUUUGGCUCUAAAGAUAAAAACUUCAAGUGGGCAAACACAGGAGCAGCUGUUUUUGGAGUACAGCCGGCAAGUAAGGCAGAUGAAGAUGAAGGUGGUAGUGAUGAUGAGGUGGUACACAGUGAUGAUAUCCACUUUGAGCCAAUUGUCUCCUUACCAGAGGUGGAGGUAAAGUCUGGAGAAGAAGAUGAAGAAAUUCUCUUCAAAGAGAGGGCAAAACUUUACAGGUGGGACAGAGAUGCUACUCAGUGGAAGGAGCGUGGUGUUGGAGAGCUUAAGAUCCUUUUCCAUACACAGAAGAAAUAUUACAGGAUCCUUAUGAGAAGGGACCAAGUUCUUAAAGUGUGUGCAAACCACGUCAUCACCAAAGAAAUGAAUUUAGUGCCCUCUGAUACAUCAAACAAUGUUUUAAUUUGGACAGCUACAGAUUAUGCUGAUGGUGAAGUGAAAGUAGAACAAUUUGCAGUCAGAUUUAAAGUUCAAGAACUGGCUAAUUCUUUCAAGAGGAGAUUUGAAGAAUGCCAGCAAAGCUUGUCAGAGCUACAGAAGGGCCACCUCUCUCUGGCAGCAGAGCUGUCAAAGGACACCAACCCUGUUGUGUAUUUUAACGUUUCUGCCAACGAUGAACCUUUAGGACGCAUAACCAUGGAGCUGUUUUCAAAUAUUGUCCCUCGAACAGCUGAAAAUUUCAGGGCCCUGUGCACAGGGGAGAAAGGCUUCGGAUUCAAGAAUACCACGUUUCACAGAAUAGUUAGUGACUUCAUAUGUCAGGGAGGUGAUAUAACAAACCAUGAUGGAACAGGUGGACGAUCAAUUUAUGGAGAAGCAUUUGAAGAUGAGAAUUUUGAAGUGAAACAUACUGGUCCUGGCUUGCUGUCAAUGGCAAAUAGGGGCAGGGAUACGAAUAACUCUCAGUUCUUCAUAACGCUCAAAAAAGCAGAACACUUGGACUUUAAACACGUGGUAUUUGGGUUUGUGAAAGAUGGAAUGGAUGUCGUGAAAAAGAUUGAAUCCUUUGGUUCUCCUAAAGGGCUAGUAAAUGGAAGAGUUGUCAUUACAGACUGUGGGCAAACAUAGAAUUAUGGCUUUGAGUAUACAGAUAUUCUAGUGGUAUGAAUUGGUAUUUAGAUGUUAUUAACUAAUUAUUUCAACUUCUUAAAAAUGGACACUUCUGAUGUAUAAAUGUAAAAUUACAGCUUAUAGUUGUUUUUUAUGUGUUCAAAUUGUAUUUUUUUUUUUGUCAUGUUAAAUAAAGUUCAGACACUGGCAUAUUUCAGGUGUAUUUGUGUUAUCCUGACAUUUGUAUUGAAUGUCAAAUUUUAAAAAUUAAAUCUUAGUCUUGUUAAAAUAA